AUGACCGGCCAGGAAAAGUCUCCAUGCCGCAUCCUGGUCAUGGCCUCUGGCUUUGGCUCAAAUUUCCAGGCGCUCAUAGACGCUGUUGCCGUAGGACGCAUCCGAAACAGUCGGAUCAUCCGCCUUGUCACGAAUCGAAGAAACGCACACGCCACCGCGCGGGCAGAAGGGGCAGGCAAGAUCCACGGAUUUCUGCCCAAGGGGGAAAAAGACGAGCAGAAAGUCGCCGAGGCCCGUCAGAGAUAUGACGCCGCGCUGGCUGAGAGGGUAUUAUCGGCGGAUAAUGCACCGCCCGAGCUGAUUGUGCUCGCUGGAUGGAUGCACAUAUUUUCAAGCGCAUUUCUGGAACCGAUGGAGAGGGCAGGGACGAGGAUCAUCAACCUUCACCCUUCAUUACCCGGGGAGUUUGACGGAGCCAAUGCCAUCGAGCGGGCUUUUGAGGAGCUUAAAGCUGGACGGCUAACGCGCACUGGUAUCAUGGCCCACUAUGUCAUUCAAGAGGUAGAUAGGGGUACUCCUAUUAUGGUUGAAGAGAUUGAGUGGAAGGGCGAGGAGCUGGACGAACUAAAAGAGAGGAUUCAUUCCCGUGAGCACGAGCUGAUUGUCAAUGCGACGGCAAAGGUGGUUGAAGAGAUAUUGGAAGGGAGGGCAAAGGAAACCUAA